UUUACUAUUAUUUGAUAAUAUUUCAAAUAUUUAAAAACACAAUUUUGAAAUCGCUACAAAUUGCGGUUUUUAGCCAUCAUCCAACAGCAGCCAACUUCAAAUGUAAAUAUUGUCUGGUGCACAACAAAAAAAUAUACACUUGAGAGAGAGAGAGCGAGCGAGAGAACGGCCACAGCUCCAAAUGGAGUUUGCGCAAACAUGGACUCUGCUGCUGCCUUUUUAGCCUUAACGAUGGUUGUUGGGAGAGCGCAGUCAAACGACCAACAGGAACACAACACAACAAAACCGUUAUAAUGCUGGCGCACAGUGCGUAUGUGGAACACAAGAGCGUGACAGCGCCUAUCAGUCAGCCAACUGUGGCGAGCGCCAUUUCAAUCGGCCGAGAAGACUCGUAGCGUGAAGGUGCUGCUGGUGAAAUCGCGCGCGUAUUCAGCACCCACCAAAAUAAGCAUAGAAAGACAAGGGGAAUUCUUUUUAUUAGAUUUCUUGCUUUGAAAAUAUGUAUUAACAACGGGUAGUACUCUAGUGACUUGUGGCUAACGAAGUGAGCGAUUGCAUUGAGAAAUUAGUGUGUGUGAAUAAUUACAUAAAUAAAAUAAAAAAGUGGCAAGGCAAAAAGUGUAAAUUAUUUUAGAAGAAGAAAGAAAGGAAAUCUUCAAGUGUUGAAGUGGAAAUGCGUACACAGUGUGCCAAGUGAAAAAUGGCUUUUGUGAAAAUCAGUCGCACGCGAGGUAAUGCCAUUUACCGCAACAGCGUUCGGAGCAAGAUCCUCCAAAGAUGUCAACGCGAACAUUUGUGCAAAUGAGUUAAAGUGCCGCAAUUUGGUGUUUGCCCCUUAUAAAUACUUAUAUAAAAGCUCGUACUUCGCACUCGUAACGUAAUUGUGUAAAGUCAUUGUCGCAGAGGCGCCCGUUGUCCCAGUUCGGUUGGUGCGGCAGCAACGCUAGUCGGUCCCCAUUGUUGUGGUUACUAUGCACGUUCCACAUGCUGCAAGGGAUGGGUGUCAAACUUUAAGCAACAACAGCAGCACCGACAGCGACAACGUCGAUAACAGCAACAAUAUCAACAACAGCAACAGCAACUUGUUCAGCGACAAUACGCGCAAAAACAGCGCGAACCAUCAUUUCAGCAGUCAAGCCAAGAAUAACAACGAUUGUUGUUGUAAAAAUAGCAGCACAAACGACAUUAAUAAGCGCUGCAACACGACGAGUGACGGCUGCAAUACACAACAUCCGGCGGGCAUACUGCGCCACAGCUGCCACAUACACAAUCGGCCGCGAAGCGACAAUCACCCGCACUUUGCGAUUGAUAACCUAGAAAAGCAUCGAUUUUUCGACGUUGACGUCGACGUCGACGCUGUGCACAGUAACGGCAUUUGACGCACGCGACAAGUAAUAGACAGCUGCCAGAGCCGGGAUAGUGGAGCCAGUAGUAGCGGCGAAGGACGCGUGCCGUUAAAGAAGUGUCGACUACAACAACAGCAACAACAAAAUUUUGUAGUAUCAGAUACGUUAAAGUCGUCACCACUCGUAACACCCAUAUCGCCCGUGAACCUCUCGUCCUGUUUCUCCUCCACUUCCCAUAGUUCCUCUUCGACGUCCUGCAGCCAAUGCACCAUCGUCUUUAAGGCAUUGCCACCUCCGCCGUUGUCAGCAUCGACACAUUCCGUAGCAUUCGCACGUACUUCGUCGCCCCCGCCAGUGCCACCACUUCGUUCAUCGUCGUUGUCGCAGUGUUGCACGUCACCAACGCAGUGGCAUUCAUAUCCGCACAAUUUCUCACUGACGCUGGCGGUAUCGCCAGUCGCAAGUCAUGUUAGCUGCAACAGCAGUUGCCCAAGGCUCUCAACGACUACAACCGGAACGGCAAAGGCGUCCACGCACACGCGGGCGCCGUCGUUACAAUACACCAAGCAAGCGAGCAUCAAUCGAACUUGCAGAUUCUGCGACAAUCCCGACGAUUACGACGACGACCAAGACGCAGAAGUUGGCAGUCCGAAUAGUGGCAUAAUGGUUUUAAGUACAGAAUGGUCUCAGGUGGAAGUAAUCGAUUUGGUUAAUGAUGGCAAUGGCUUGGGCUUUAUAUUGGUCGGUGGACGCAGCACUGGUGUUGUAAUAAAGGCAUUGACGCCGGGCGGCAUUGCGGAACGUGAUGGUCGUUUGCAAUGUGGUGAUCAUUUGUUGCAAAUUGGCGAUGUGAACUUGCGUGGCUUCAGUUCCGAGCAAGUGGCAACGGUUCUUCGUCAGACUGGAGCUCAGGUUCGACUGAUUGUUGCGAGGCCGGUGGAGCCGACAGCCAUCGAUUUACAAACGUUGGCCAGUCAUGCGCCAAUUAUUCCAACUAAGCUCCUCUCCGACCCAGAAGAACUGUCACGGCAUCUCUUUCAAAACCCCAGCUUUGCUACUAGUGCUACAGGCGUUGGAGUUGGCAGCGGCAGCGGCAUGGGCGGCAGCUGCUUCCUGCCAACGCCGGACACUGAACUAGCCGAUUUGCCACUGCCACCCAUACCAACUGAUUUGCCAUUAUCUGCAUCCGCAGCGUCGCGCGCAUGUCCCAAGGACUUGGACAUCGUACCAUUCUCGAUUGUAUCACCGUCACCGCCACCACUUAUGCCCCUACCAUCCCCGCCAAUCACAACAGCAACGACGCUUGGUACAUCGAGCACACUUCAUCAGCAGCAAUACGACAUCACCACCACCAACACAACCAGCACCAUCAUAAAAUACUCAAACACCACUCAGUUGGAACAAAUUGAGACUGUGAUAGCUGGCGUAGAUGCCGGCACCUCAACGAAUGCACCGGAUGCAGCGCAUAUGGACGCCGAUCGCUGCUCCACGGCUUCAUCGAAUUACAUCGAUUCACCCGAAACGGAAACAUAUGUGGUGGAAUUGCAUAAAAAUGUCUAUGGGCUGGGCAUAACCGUAGCCGGCUAUGUUUGUGAAGAGGAAGAUCUUUCGGGUAUAUUUGUGAAAAGUAUCAUUGAAGGCAGUGCCGCGGAGGUGAGUGAGCGCAUACAGAUCAACGAUCGUAUCGUUGCUGUAGAUGGUCGUUCACUGGCAGGUGUUACCAACCAUCAAGCGGUGGAGAUACUGCGCAAUACCGACAUCGAAGUCCACCUAACACUGGAGCGUUUCUUGCGUGGACGCAAGUACGAACAUUUGCAAAAUGCACUCACGGAAUUGAAAGGCGACACGCAAUCCCAGAGUUCACUGCCUGCAUCACCUUCGAUUGCAACACUUUCGUGGCUACCACCACGUUCCGAUGCCGAUUCUGUGGCCACUGAAGGUGGUAUUGUUAUGCUGGAGUUCUCCGAUUUCCCAUCGCGCGAAACCGUUGACUCUAACAUGUCAUACAUGCUCGAUCGCAGCGAUCAUAGCGGCAUUAGCAAUGCCAAAAGGCAAAAGACGCCAACAACGCCGACGGCUAAACACAUAGCCAACGGCAAAGCAACGCAUAUCAAUGGAAGCAAUGACGAUGACAGUGACGAUCACGACUCAGCAACGCUGGUGGCACAAACACAGUCACAGUCCACAGAAUGGCAGGCGCCACCGUUAAAGCAGCUGAAUGAUGGGCGUAAGAAAUCGUUAAGUUCAGUGGCAGCAACAACUACCACGGUAUCGGCAACAAAACUGGCGGUGACGGUGACAACAACAUUAACAGUGCCUGCGGUGCCAGCCACCACAACGACAACGGCCACGGCAACAACGUUAGCCACCAAGCCCGCCGCCGCUUCAACCUUAGCCCCGCCCAAUGUGGAGACGCUGAAGCUGACCUGGAAAAGUGAGUUUCCUGAAAGUGAAAUUAUUGUAGCCGAAAUAAAUAAACUUUCAGGUCUAGGGAUCAGCCUGGAGGGCACCGUGGAUGUCGAAUGCGGCAUUGAAAAGCGUCCACAUCAUUACAUACGCUCUAUACUGGAAGAUGGGCCUGUGGGGCGACAAGGCAUACUCAAACCGGGUGACGAGCUACUGCAAGUGAACGAAUAUAAAUUGCAAGGCCUUAAACACACUGAAGUAGUUAAGAUACUCAAAGAACUGCCAACACACGUGAAGCUGGUAUGUGCGCGUGGUCCCACCGCACCAUCCGUAAUAAACACGUCACAAAAUCCGGAGGCUUUCGAAACGCGCUCCCUACUACCGGGUGGUCAUCAGAGUCUGCAAAAUCUGCUGACCAAAGCACAGUCAGAGAGUUCUCUAUACACAUCGAGCACUGCCACGCUGACCGACCAGCAACGUUCCAAAUCGUUGGAGAACGUUUCGGGUUUGGCACUUUGGAGCAGCGACGUCACUACCAUCGAAAUCGAAAAAACCGAACAAGGUUUCGGUUUCUCCAUACUUGACUAUCAAGACCCAAUGGAUGCCGAGGGUACUGUGAUUGUGAUACGUGGUCUUAUACGCGGCGGCGCAGCAGAGGCGACCAAUGAGAUAUUUCCCGGCGAUCGAUUGGUCAGCGUCGGCGAACACACACUGCACGGACUCGAUUUGGACGAGGCGGUGGCGAUACUCAAAGGCAUGCCAGUGGGGAAGACCAAACUGGGCAUUUGCAGGCCACUCUCAACAUCGGACAGCAAUAUAGCGUCACCAGCGGAGGAGGCCGACUCGCCGAGCACAUAGUUUUUAAGGAACUUUUACUAUUUCAUCGCAUUUUCGCAAAUUUAAGUCACGACGCCACCAUGCGCCCGGAUGAGUUCACUUCACCACGCGAUUAUACCGAGAAUGCAAGCAUCUCACAUUCAAAUGGCAAUGGAGCCGACUGCGAAGCGGUUCGUGGCAGUGUGCGGAGGGUAGUGCAGUGGGAUGUGGUUGGAGGUGGCAACUUUGGUGGUUGCUGCCGCCGCUGCUGCCGACGAACGAAGCGAAGCGAAUCUCUAAAGUGCUGUAAAUAUUUUGUUAGCCCAAGAAAUUACUUAACAAAAUUAGUCUGUAUGUAUUUGUAAGGAUUAGUGAUAAGUAAUUAGUUGUUAGCGAACAAAAGUUAUAAAAAUUCUAACAAAUAUGCUAUACUAGGUUCGCAACUGUCUAAAAAAAUCAGCACAGUUAGCAUCAAAGACAAUGAACUCAAUCAAAACAUUGCGCACCCUACCGAAAUGAAUAUGUUUCCAUACAUUUAUAAAAAAAAUUCUGAAUUGUUACCCCAUUAACCUAUCUACCUUUAUUAUUUCAAUCAGUGCCCCUAAUUUCUAACCUAAACGCCUAACUCAUUUAAAUAAGUUUCUUUUAUAGUUUCAAAUAAAUAAAUAUUGAAUGUAUUAUUUUUAAUUAGAACUAAAAUUCUUCUUGUGCUCCCCAACUCAGAGGGAAUAUUUUUCAAUGCAAACCGAAAGCAUUCACAGCUAGAAACUGUACAUCCAUUCGAACAGUUUAUCCUAUACAGCCAAACUAUCGGAGAACCUGUCACUUAGUCCGGAUAUUGUCGUUUUCCCUUAUAUGGUAUUAUAAGGAGCAUCAUUAAGAACUGUACAUUUCGUAUGUGGGUUUCUAAGAUUAUUUCGAAACAAACGAAAUUGUUUCCUAUUUCAAACCCAAUUCAGGCUUACUCAUUCACAUUCGAAGAUUUAAAAUCUCAAGAUCUGAAGCCUGUUUAGUUCUCCAGCGGAUAUUACUGUCUUCAGCGUGUCACAAUUGAACCCAGGUUUAAUGUCAUAUCGGUCAGAUGGAUCUUACCCUAAUCUAGCUGAACUCAUUGUGAUAGGUAAUAUCGGACAAAUAUCUGCUAUCAAGUACUAAAGCCACAAAAAAGUGCCAACCAGUUCGCUGAGGAUGGGUCUUAACCGAACGCACAAUACGCUCGCUUAACCUUGGCAGUCAUAUUCAAAAGGCCGAUUCCGCGAUAGUUAGCACAGUUUGUUGGAUCAUCCUUUGCUUGGGCAGUUGGAUCGUCAACCGAGAAGAGACACAUAAAGUUUAAUAAUAAAAUUAUAAAAAAUUACAAGGUUGUUAAGCACAUAGAAAUUAGAUUUAAGUUUAGCUCUAGGUUUCUGUUUCAUAAUUGUUUCGAUAUUUUAAUGAUUAUAGGAGACUUUGUAAUAGAAAAAUUUAAAUAUGGAAACUCUGUUUACGCUUAAAACAUUACUCAUACUUUUUGAUUUAUAUUUCACAUUUUCCUGAGUAACCAUACUAAUUCUGGAACCAUGAAGACCAUUUGUAAAUAAAAUAAUUUUUCUCUAUUUAUUUGAGAAUGAUUUCACUACCGUGGUUAUUAUUAAAAAAGAUUCCUUUAUAUUUCUCCUCAACAUAAUAGUACUCUCACACCCUCUAAAUCAUAGUCCUCAGUUCCUUGUAGUAUAAACUCGAAUUUAAAAUAAUAUUUUCUACUUUGUUUUCACAUUUACCCAUAUAGAGGAACCAUCAAUUGAUUCCAAAAGUUAUUCCAAGCCAUUACACUUAGACUAUUAGAGAAACUAUCUUUAGCUAAUGGUAGAAAACCAGUAUCUUAGUACCGUACCGCUUUAAAAUCUCCUUAGACAACCUCAAGACUUCUUUAAUAUGAAUUUAGAGAACCAUUAUCUUAUUAGAAACUGGCGAAUCAUUUUCCUCCUCCACAGCUCGAAUUUCAGCUAUAUAUUUUCAUCGUCUGGCUCUUUUUCGGCUUCCCAAAUUUCAAAUGAUCUAGAGUGAUUUAAGAAUACUUCUACAUACAUAUGUUUGGAUGAAUGCAUAUCAAAUCAAGGGGUUGCAGGACUAAUAGGGUAUAUCUUACACAUAACUGUAAAUAGUUGUUGUUGAAAUUUAUAAAUUACUAUAAUUAUUUACAUUGCUAUUUUCAUCAUCCGAUAAUAAACGAAAUUCAAUACUAAAUUUAGAAACAAUUUUCUAGCCACAUUAUAUACAUACAUACAUACUUGUGUACAUUAUAGUCUAACUAAUUGCAUUGCCUUGUAGAUAACAAGUGUGUAAAACUAUUCGAUUGUAAUAUAAACAAAAUUAAUCAAGCUAUACCAACUAUUAAUUAAUAAAAAGUUUAGGUAAAUAUUUAAACAUAUAUAUGUAUAUGUAAAUGAUUAGGUGCUUUCAACGAGGAGGAAGCGCCGCUGAUUUGCAUAUUUAAAGCAAAUAGUUUGAAUUGAAGCGGAAAUGCGUAGCAUAAUUGAAACAUGAUUACAUAAAAUCAAUGCAAUACUUUAUAGUAAACUUACUCGUACAUACUCGUAGUUAAAUAAAUGGAAAAUGGGGAGCACAAACAGAACACACGUGUGAACGGCACAAGCAAAUACAACUUAUGAUUAACUGUUAAAUACGUACAUAAGCGAACACACUCGUAUGUAGACAAGAAGAAUAGCGUAUGAUUAAGAACAUGUCGAAAAGCUCGCUUCACGAAAAAAAAAAUAAAAUUUAAUAAAAACAAAAAAGAAAAAAAUAAAUUGAAAGAAAACACCGCUAAAUCACUUUGCAUGCAACAUAAAUACACACAAACUUGAAUUAACACAUUUCUCCAAUAAUUCCUACUAGAAACAUAUUAAAGUAAUUCAAUCUGGUGGCAACGUAUGAAGCAAAAGCGGUAGCUCUAACUGUAAAAAAACACUGUUUAAGAUGACAAAUGAAAGUAACAAAUCUAUGAAAGAAACACAACUGAGUUGCAAGAGAAGCUUACUAGUGAUACUAAUUUUAAAUAUGUCUAAAAUUUAUUAAAGAAAAACUAAUUUAUAAAAAAUAUAGUUAAAUAAUGCGAAAACAACAACAAAAACACUUGUAUAAUAUGGAUUGAUAAUUAAUUGAAAUGCGUUUUUCAGCGCUCUUCAAACAUACAUAUACACAACAUCUGCAUAAUCACAAACACACUCACGCACACAUACUCUCAUUAAAAACUCACACACAAUCACAUAUUCACACACGCGUACAUACCAAAUAGCUUACUACAGUUAGCCUAUGAAUGAACUAAUUCAAAUAAAUAGUGAUUGGUAAAAUGAAAAUUAAA